ACUCAGGCUAAGUGAGCAGGACUGUGCAUUAUCAGACGAUUGUUUUCAUGGGCUGCCUAGCGUUCAGUGAACAACAACUCAGUGAGCCAGUGCUCCACUUCACACACAGUAGGCAGCCCGUUGGAUGUAUACGCAGCACAUAGUGUUGCAGGUCCCCCUCAGCUCCAAAACCGAACUCUCUCACACUCCGGGCAGCGGCGCCACCAGAAGGUCAUCUGACCUGGGACGAACACCAGCGGUCCCUCCCUAUGCCGGUCUAAUGUGACGGAUCCCUGCGCGGCAUGGACGGGCCGGGGGACACGUCGUGUUGUUGGUGUAUGUGAGAACGUGCCGCGGCCCUUCCGCCGUAGCCGUGCUCCCAUGGACUGACAGCAGCAGGUGUGCUAGCAGAAGGCAGGCAACAUGAAUGACGUCCAUUUAUGUAACAUGUCCGUAUGAGCGGAGGGACGGAGGCUGGGUGCGAGACAGAGGGAGUCCAUUCAGGGUGUGAGCGGAAUGUCCGUGGAUGAGCAGCCUGGAGCCCCCAUGUACCUGUAUGAGCAGCCUGGAGCCCCCAUGUCCGCGGAUGAGCAGCCUGGAGCCCCCAUGUACGUGUAUGAGUCGACGGUCCAUUGUUCCAACAUCCUACUGUGCCUGAACGACCAGCGGAAGCAGGAUAUCCUGUGCGAUGUGACUGUCCUGGUGGAGGGCAAGGAGUUCCGCGGCCACCGGGCCGUCCUGGCCGCCUGCUCCGAGUACUUCUUGCAGGCCCUGGUGGGACAGACCGAGAAUGCCUUCGCCCUCAGCCUUCCAGAAGAGGUCACCGCCAGGGGAUUCGCCCCAUUGUUGCAGUUUGCCUACACUGCUAAGCUGUUACUCAGCAGAGAAAACAUCCAAGAGGUCAUUCGUUGUGCCGAAUUCCUGCGCAUGCACAACCUGGAGGACUCGUGCUUCCGCUUCCUGGAGGCCCAGCUCCGCAGCCAGGAGGACGGCCUUCUGCUGGGCCGUAAGGGGGCGCCGGCCGAGGGCCGUCGCCAGGUCGAGGACGAGAGCAUGCAGUCCGAAACGGCAGCCAAGGCCUCCUCUCCCCGGGCCCGGCGGCGAGCUGAAGCCCUGGGAUCCUUGCGGCGCACACCGGACGAGGAUCGGCUGCCCCUGCCGGAGCCCAGCGACUUCAGCGAUGAGCGGCUGGACUUCGACAGACACGGCUCGUCCGACCUCCCGCGCUGCCCAAAAUACAGGAAGUACCAGUGGGCCUGCAACAAGCACAAUAACGACACCUCCUCACACACCAGUACCUCAGGUUUUCCAAGCACAUUAUUAUUACAGGAGAACAGUGACGGCCUCGGUGGCGGGGCUGGCUGGGGCCAGAGCAGGCCACCGGUCACCCAAAUCAAAGUGGAGCUGCGGCCGGAGGAAGAUGCCAUCUCGCUGUGCCUGUCAGGGGACGAGCAGGACGGCCAGAACAGGGACGCUGUGACACCCAUGGAGUUGGACAGUGUUCCGGUGUCGGCCUCUCCUGCCAAGAGGAUCAAGUCCCCCACCUGCCUCCGCGCCUUCUUCAGCAAAGGGGCGGACCUCCCGGGUCUGCCCGUGGCGUCACAGCAUCUGUUGGUCAACAGACUCGCCAGCGUCUGCCCCCAAGACAAAGGAACCACUCAGGGAGAUCACAGAACAAAAGACUUGGGGCCUUUGACCGCGGUGGAGCUGGGCCUGUCUGUUACGCCCCCAAAAGAAGUGGACAGCACCCCUCACAGGCUGCCGCCGCUCAAGUCGGCCUCCUGCGACGGCGUCUGCAAACAGGAAGUGGAGCUCGACCGCCGCAGUGUCAUCUUUUCCUCCUCGGGGGCCUGUGACCGCCUGGGCACCCCAGCACAUUCCUACCCCGGGGGGAACUCUCUGGAGGCGGAGCUCUCGGAGCACACGCCAAAAGGCCUGUGGGCCGGCGCUAGCCAGUCUCUCCCCAGCUCGCAGACCUACUCCCCCAGCAGUGUCCCCUCCCUCACCCCUGCCGCCACCGACGCCCCGCCGGUGCUUUGCCGGCCACGGCCCAACACCAGCUGCCCGGUGCCGAUCAAGGUGUGCCCGCGCUCGCCGCCCUCUGAGACCCGCACGCGGACCUCCAGCUCCUGCUCCUCCUACUCCUACCCGGAGGACGGCAGCGGCGGCUCGCCCUGCAGCCUGCCCCAGUUCGAGUUCUCCUCCUCGCCGUGCUCCAACGUGGCGCUCCGUCUCGCCGCCGACCAGCAGGACCAGGGCGGGAUGGCGGGGGACGCCCUCUUCGGCCAGACGCGCCCCAAGAUCAAGUGCGAGCAGUCGUACGGCACUAAUUCCAGCGACGAGUCGGGGUCCUUCUCGGAAGGCGACAGCGAGUCCUGCCGAGUCGAGCAGGGGCCAGAGGUAAAGCUUCCUUUCCCCGUAGAUCAAAUCACCAAUCUUCCACGUAACGACUUCCAAAUGAUGGUAAAAAUGCACAAACUGACCUCGGAGCAGCUGGAGUUCAUACACGAUGUCCGGCGGCGUAGUAAGAACCGCAUCGCGGCGCAGCGCUGCCGCAAGAGGAAGCUGGACUGCAUCAUCAACCUGGAAUGUGAGAUCAGAAAAUUGGUGAACGAGAAGGACAAGCUUCUGACGGAGAGGAACCAGCUGAAGGCGUGCAUGGGCGAGCUCUGGGAGAACUUCUCCUGCCUGUCCCAGGAGGUGUGCAGGGACGUGCAGUUGAGCCCAGAGCAAGUCCAAUCCCUGCACCAUUACUGCCCUGUCCUGAAGCCCGGCGCCAACAACACCACUGCCAGCAGUGCUGCAUCCAACAGCGUUGACCUCACCACCCGCUCCGGCUCGGCUACCCCUGAGCCCAGCUUUCUCAAGUCCCCCGGGCCCUCGGAGAGCGAGCCUGACUCGGCCAUGGGGAACGGAGCUGACGGGGGCGCGGCCGGCCAUGAGACAGAGGGCCUGGAGCCGAGUUUAUACAUGGAGGCGGGGCUUUUGUUCAAUGAACAGUCCAAUCAGACGGUAACAGUAGACUUCUGCCAGGAAAUGACGGAUAAAUGUACCACGGAUGAACAGCCCAGAAAGGAGUGGACCUAGUCAUGGUUGUUUUAAUAUCUGUCCUUUUUUAUUAUUUAAUUUUUAGGUUUUUUUUCUCCUGACGAACCCUUUUCUCUGGGUUGUUGAGAUGGUCAGCCUCUGCCAGUGUUCUUUGAAAAAUAUUAUUUUUGUUUGUAUGUAUUUAUGUAUUUUUGUUGUCUUUCUAAAUGGUCAACACUACAGUUGUCUUAACAGCAAUACUGUUCUCUGGGUAUUCUCUUCUCUGUAAACAUUACAGAGUAGGAACCUCUCACACAAAAUCCCUCUCACAAUGGUGCUACACCAUAACCGGGCAGGCAGAGACCUCCAUCGUGGAAACACUUCCUUCUGUUUUACAGUGUGCUCACACGGACUGGCAACGAUCAAAUCUUCAGUUGAAACCUCAGUGGACCUAACAGCAGAUCUCUUUGUUUCUUAAUCUAUCUACAGUAUCUCAGUUUUAAUCAACAUGUCUCUCUUUCUUAUCAAUCUAUUUCUACCUCUAACACUAUUUCUGUAUCUUUCUCUCGCUCUCCCUCUUUCUCUCGGUGGCCCUUGUCACAGCAAUUCCAACUCAGGAAAAAAAAAAAUCUUCUGAAUGUUCAACAUGAUUCAUUGAAACAAGAACACAGCUUCUGUACAUGAGAGAUUUAUGAAGCAGGUAGACUGUAAAUGUUCAUAUGCAAAAAAUGUCUUCUGCGUAACUCAUUAGCAUUUUCUGUACAGCAAAACAAUGUGUAGAGAAAGUACAAAAACAUUCCUCCUUUGCCUUCCUCAGCACUGAAAUGAAAGAGAAACAAACAAUUUGGCAGGUGGUUUAAUAGCUAUGUUCACAGACAUCAGCAAUACUAUUGUAUUUGUAUGUUGGAAUGGUAAAUUUGAGUGCUUUGUUGGGCACAACAUAUAAUGUAUAUAGCCUGAAGCAUGGUGACUGUCACAGUAGUAUUGUACAGGUAGAAAUUUAGACAUUUCUUUUUCACUGGGGUUAUAUCAAGCACCUUUUUGUUAAGGAAUAUAUUUGCUUUGCUGUUUCCUGCCUAAAGGAAAAUUCCCCAUAAGGGUGGGUGUUCUCUUAAACUCAGGAAAUCAGCUUGAUACACACACACACACACAUGCACACACAAAGUCAAACACAAAGACACAUACACACUCAUAGAAACAUUUUAGAGCCCCUUGCAUGAAAAUUGGAUUUUGCUGGCGAGGACAGUGUGAAGUAUGUUCACUAACCUGUGGCUUGAGCUACAUCCAUUCAAACUUUGACACCUCUUUAAAUGUGAAAAAGCGUCUUGGCUUGUGUUUUUAAGGGAACUUUUUCUUCCUGUCAGUAUUUAAAGAUGGUUUGCAUAGGUAUGAUUGUGAAAGUCUCUCACAGACAACCCUUUGAAUUUCUUCAGUGUUAUGUUUUGAUGUUGUCAAGGAGUACGUGAGCAGACAAUUCGUCAAUCGGAGAGAUUGAUAUUCCAUGUGUAACAAAAAACACACAAAAUAUUUCUUUUUGACUACUUUCCCCAAUGAAUCUGGGCUCAAUUUUGGCACUUUCCUUCCAGCACCCCAGUUAUAACUAGUUAUCUAAUAGCACUUCAUGGUUCAGUGCCCUGAAAACACUGACACCAAAGCACUUGAAUUGGCACUUAAAUUUAAACAUCUUAUUGAUAAAUUGAUGUUGAUAUAAAUAUCCCCAGGAAAGCAUUUAUCUCAAAAACUUACAGUAAACAGGUUUGUUAACAAAAGGAAGCUGGCAUUGUUAUGUUUAGAAUGUUCACAUCUUAUAUUUGUACUCCUUAAAUAAUUGAAUAAGCUAAUUGAGACUUAAGUUCAUGUGAAAGCAGUGUACGUAUCGUCGUAAACAGAUUUACAGUCUAAUGACAUUGUAACAUGUUCGCCCUGAUUGUACAUUUGUUGAAAACAUCAUAUAUUGUGAUUUAAAUGCAUGCUGACUGUUUUCUACCUAGUUAGUUUGUCUAGCUUUGUUUGCUUCUAACAGUCCUCAGCUUAAUUUAGCCUGUCUUCUUUUGGUGAACAAUAUUUACAUUUAAAAUGUAGAUGUGCAGAAAUAUACUCACGCGUUAACAGAAAUAGAGCCAUAAACUAUGAAGAGGAGUGAAUUUGAUUGAAUUGCAAUGCUUUAUUCAUCACAGGAACUGGAUUCAGGACGAAAAGCUAUACAGUCUGUGACUGUGGGAGAAGAGAUCUGUAUUCUAGUGGGUCUGCCAAUAAUCUACGGUGGUACCUUGCCGCCCCCUAUUGGUCACAGUUGUCUAGUUCUCCAAUCAGUCUCACCGACAUCAAACUUUGAUUUAUAUUCGAGUGUAGCUUUGCAGUGUGUCUAGUUCGUAGUGGCUAUUUAUUUCCCCAUUCAGAUAUUUUUCCCUAGGAUGGUAGCUAGAGUCGUUCACCGCUACACAAAGACAACCACACUCACUCAAAGAUAAUGCGUUCUACGGCGUCUAUAUGUAAAGAAAGUCUAGAGCAUUUGUGAUUGCUAGUUUUAUUGCUUUUUGUAAGGCUUUGCUCCGGAUCAUAUGCUAUCACUGUUGAACAGUAUUCAUCCGUCUCCAUUAUCAGGUACAAAACAGUCAAAUCAAGACCAAUGGGUUGAAGAGGACGUUUUUGCGAACCAUAUGCAAUUAAUACCCGAUAAAUGUAUUUUCUUACUUGUUUUGAAGUAAGCGUGCAAAGCAUGAACUUCCACUAGAAAAGCUUUCUCUCAUUGACAAAUGCCUAAUUUAGGAAGAGGAAAUGUAUUUAAAUGAACAACAUUUUUUUUGUCCUCCGUCAAAGCUAUGCCAAUAGAAAUCCCUCAAUAUCAUAUUUGUUUUUAUAUCCGUAGUAUGCUACUACAAUUACUAUUGAUGAUUUCCAGGAUAGCAAUGAGCACAUGGCAUAUUUCUGGUUUACUGUGUAUCACUUGUAGAGGACCUCUUCACAGUUCUUCCUCCUGCAUCCAUGCGCAGUGACGGUGGUUUGAUAGAGGCACAAGGAAGGUUAUACAAAUCAACGAGGGGCUUUCAAAGCCGCUCCUCCUUACAGUCCAGACCUCCUAGCCCUCCUGCCUUGAGGGAGCUACUCCAUAUGACUGCUAUGAUGCGUGAGAUGUAGUUGAAAGUGGUGCACUGGCACCUCUUCCAUCACCCCGAUGAUUACAGGGGAGGUCAAAUGAGGUCAUUAUGUCAGCAUCUCAAUCACACACUGAUUUGUCUCAUUGGCCUAAAUUGAGACUAGUAAUUUUUACCGUUGCUCUUGUAUUUCGUCUCAGGGUGCCAAGCGUUUUAUUUCUCCAUUUCUGAAUCGGGAGCAGACUGGUUCUUUAGCUGGUUGCGUUUGACUCUGUUUGUUUCAGUGUUUUGUGCUUUGCUUUGAGUGUCUGAAAGUGUAGUUCACUUCUAACCUCUGGUUUUAUACUCCCAAAUCUAAGUCCUGCCAAUGCAAAUAAUACAAUAAUAAGCUUUGCACAAUCAAACCCAACUAUAGCUGCAAAGAGUACAAAAUUAAAAUAUUAAUUUCAUUUUGUUUUGGUAUUACAUUUUGUAAUUUGUUUUCAUUGCUUUGAUUUCUCUCUGAAGUCUACUUUUAGAUGCCAAACAUUCAAAAAAUAAGAAAAAACAAGAAAAAAAGGCCAUCUAAUUCGGUUUGUUGGUGCUGAUGAUUAUUUUGUGGAUAUUUGUUGUAAAUCUAGGUGCAAUGAAUGCUUUUUUCAAAAUAAUUUGUGCUGUAUUAUCUACUCGUUAGUUUUACUGUUUUGUUUGUUUUUUUGUGCUGCUUUUCCGAAAGAAACUAACACUGGCUCUCCAACUCCAAAGGUUGUUCUUCUGAAAAGAUGAACAAAACUUGCCUUUUUCACAAAUUGCUCAACUUUAUAAUAAAGAAUACUGGUAUCCUGAUUUAAUUCACAGGCUGAGAUCGUUUUAGGAGUAAAAGUAAAAUAUGUUUACACAAAGGUGUCACAAGUCAGGAUGUAUUUCUAACAUUUGCCAUGUAAAUAGAAUUGAUGGAUAGGUUAAAAUCUGACUGAUGGUUAUUGUUUUUACAAUUGUAAACCCGAAAACGAUGCGUUUCCUCAAACUUGUCUUUGCAUUCGACUGCGGAUGUUUCAGAGAUACAUGUAAGUGCACCUCCAAUUUUUGCCUUAGAACUUGCAGAGGCCAUUGUUCACAUUCAAGGGAAGUGAGUGAACGCAGGGGCUUGUGCUCCUCUUCGAGUUACCAUCAGUGCAGACUUUCUCACACUUAUCUACCUGUGAAAUCCUUCAUACCUCUCAUAAUUGGUCAAUGACUGUAUCAGCAAACUGCAUCAGGUGUUUUUCUACAUGCUUUUUACACAGAUAAUAUGGAUUAUUGUAUUAGUAGAUCUUGGUGUGUCAUUUCUAUGUAAUAGCUCUUAAGUUCCUAGCCACAAAGUAGUUUUUCCUCUCGUUUUUCUAGAAGACUGUUUUGUGUUAAUAUUGUCAAUUUGAAGUAGCUGUUAUUUGCUUAUUCUCUAAUAAGAGUUCUUAUCUUUUUAAUUUGAAAUGCUACAGACCUAAUUAAUUGAAAUUACUUAAUUGCCAUUGUACAUACGGUAUUGUGCAAACCCCAUUUUCAUUCAUUUCAAUUGCUAGUGUUAUAUAAAUGACAUUUUUGUCUAGACACCAUUUCUGUUUAUGAAAUAAAGAAACAUAUCAUGUAA